AAAGGCGGCGGGAGCGGCGCCGGCACCGGGCGGGAUGGCCCGGGGCGCGCUCCGCCUGCUCUGCUGCGCCGCUGCCCUGCUCGCUGCCGCAGCCACCAGCCAGGGCACUCCACCUGGCCUUGAUUUGGGAGCAGUCCGUGCAGCUCCAUCCAACCAAACCAGAGCAUCAACCCCACCCAGCAUCUCGGGAUCAACAGCACCUUCAGCAUCUCCAUCCAACCAAACCACAGCACCAACCCCUUCCAGUACCUCGGGAUCAAAAACCUCUCCAUCAUCUCCAUCCAGCACCACCACAGCAGCAACCCCAUCCAGUACCUCGAGAUCAACACCUCCAUCAUCUCCAUCCAACAUCACCACACCAACAACUCCAUCCAGUACCUCGAGAUCAACACCUCCAUCAUCUGCAUCCAUCACCACACCAACAACUCCAUCUAAGACCUCAAGAUCAACACCUCCGUCAUCUCCAUCCAACACCACCACACCAACAACUCCAUCCAACACCUCGAGAUCAACACCACCUCAAUCAUCUCCAUCUAACACCACCACACCAACAACUCCACACACUAUUUCAGGGUCAACACCUCCAUUAUCUUCAUCCAACACCACCAUAGCACCAUCUUCAGCCAGGACACCCCCAUCCAAUGCCACCACGGCACCAACUCCAUCGCACACGAGUGUGUCCAGACCCACAGAGCAUCCAUCCAGCCCCUCUGGGCCUGCCUCUUCCCCCACAGCCACCGUGAGCCCGGGUCCCAACAGCACCAGCAUUGUCACCGCCAGCUCCAGAAGGACAGCAGCCCCUGGGAGCUCCGAGCAGCACCCCACCGAGCUGAGCCCUGCCGUGGUCGCUGUCAUCUCCCUGGCCGUGUGCGUGCUGCUGGCAGGGGUGGCCGCGCUGCUGGUGCGGCGGUCCCGGCGCGGGACGCCCCCCUUCCAGCACCUGGAUGAGGUGCCCAUGAGCAAAGUGACCGAGGGGUCCCCUGCGCCCACCCUCAGCUGAGCCCCCCACUGCAGCCCCCGCGCUGCUCAAUAAAGAAG